CAGAAAGGAAAACUAGUUUUUUUUUUUUUUUUCCAUGGUUGCUGAUUUUCCGGGUCCUGAGAAAGUGUGAGAAAAUUUUCGCGCGCUAGAGGGAAAAUCCAGGAGAAGACGACGAGGAGUCCACUACUCACAGCCACUCUGAUCUUUGGCUCAGACGAAGUGUUUCUUUUUCUCUUUCUUGGAAGAGCGACAAUUCUUUUCUUUGCUUAUAAUCUACGUUGGUUUCGAGUGGAUUUUUAAUUUUGCUUGUUUUCUUUACUAAGAAAUCAAAUCAUUUUGGGGGAGUUGAUACGUUUCGGAUCUGUAUCGGUUGAUAAGGGUCGCAAAACUUUCAGCGAGAAUUCUUGUCUCACAAUGCCCUGGGAGCUAAUAUGUGCUCGUGAAGGAUUAAAGCUACGGUACAAUCUAGUUUCAACUCAGCUGAUACUCUUUUAGAUCCCGUUGCUGAUAUGGGAGUUAGCAUUGAGCUGAAAAGCAGUUCUAAACUUCCGAAUAUUACAAAGCCAGCGCAGGAGAGGGUGUUCUUACCCCCUUUAAAUAGAAUUCCAAAGUCUGAAGGCAGGUUGAAAGCAAAAAAUCAUGUUGAUUCAACACGCAGUAAUAUGCGUUGGGAAUUAGCAAGAGAUACAGCAAAAUCUUCCGGGAGUCAGUAUAGCCAAAGGAACAAGGGGAAGUUAGUUGGAGAUGGUGAGCUUGUCAAGCAUAUGUCGAACUUGCCAGUUUAUCUCCAGCGUGUUGAGAAGGGAGAAAACUACCCAGAAAAGGUUUUGAAUGUUGGAGUUCUUGAUUGGACUCGGCUAGAACAAUGGAAGCAUGGAAAUAGUAAUGUCUUAGAAAAAGGCAGUACUAGUACAUCAUGCAGUAGCAGUUAUUUGACACAGAAAAGGAACAUUGGAUCAUCUAGGUCUUCUAGCUUAGUUCAUGCCGAGAGACUCUCCGAGCAACAUCCUUCACUUUGUUCUAGUCUUGUCUCGUCUCAUGAGGAUGGCCCGUCUCAAGAUGUCAAAAUCCUUGUCCGGAAUACUGCACGCUUCCAGGACCUUGAAACUUCAUCAAAGAACACCAUUGCUGCGCGGAAAAAUGUUUCACAAAGCUUUAAGUCAUUUGAAAGACAUCACUCAAGUGCAAUGGUUGAAAGAGAGAAGAUAAAAGAUGAAGACUGGAAGAACACACCAGACAUUGGACGAGGGUCAGGCAAAUAUAAAAGUUUUGGGACCUCACACCAUCCCAAGGAAAGUUUAAGCUCCUGGGAGGGUAGAUCUAAGAAGACCAUUGAUUUGUCACACGAAUCAGAUAGCUUGAGAACAAAUACAGAUAAGAAAUCUGUUUCAGAAAUUGAAGCUAUGUCAACUAAAUUGGGAAGUUAUGAUGUCUCAGCUAAGUCCAAGGAAAGUAAGAGUUCUGGCAGUUUGGGAACCAAAAUCAGGGCACAGGGUCUGCAACAGGUUGAUACUGAUAAAGUUAAUCAGCGUGUUUCUGAGAAAGGAAAUAGUAUUGUUCUUCUGCUACCUAAAGAGUCACCCCAAAAAGGAUAUCGAGAAGUAUUCCAGCUCUCACAGCGUAGAAAGUCUUUUGAUCAAAAUUUGACUGGAUUAAGUAAGAAUAGUUUAUCAGAAGAUUCUGUUUCUACCAACAAGAUAAACUCUUCAAAACUUUUUCCUGAUAUUCCACACUCGUGCCCACUAGCUUCUUCUGUUGAAACAAACACCAUCUCGGACAGGAUUCGAAACGGUAUGACUAGUGACUACAGUGCAGAGCUUUCAUCUGCCGUAUCUCACACCCUCUCAUGCCCAGAAAAGACAGAAGAUCUUCAUUAUAAGGAUAAAUAUGUAACUAAGAAUCAGUCAGAUGUGAGGGCUACAAAUUCAAGUGCUCUGGAUCGGGAUCCAAUUGCAACUUUAAAUCAAGAAGCUAGUGAGCUGACGGCUAGCAACAGUAGAAACCCAUCUCCUCAUCGUCGAUUUAGCUUCAGCUUAGGUCGGAUGGGAAGAAGCUUAAGUUUUAAGGAAGGCUCAACAGCUUCAAGUCCACAGUUGAGUUCUAAGCAUGUGACUGUCAAGUCUGGUCCGUUGACUGCUAAUGCAUCUGAUUGUGGGGAUAAUCCAAAUAAAGAUAAAGUAAAAGGUCAUAACAGAGCCAGGUCCAGCCCUUUAAGAAGGUUACUAGACCCAUUACUGAAGCACAGAGAAGAAAAUCCACCCCAUCCUUCUGAAUCUGGUUUACUGCCAAAAGGGAGCUUUAGUUCUUUUAGCGGGCCCGUUUACUCAUUUCCAAAUGAGAAGGUUGAGGAAUGUCAGGUUCAGGCUCUUUUGCAGCUGAUAAUCAAUAAUGGGAUUCCUUUGUUCAGGUUUGUGGUCAACAACAACAGCAACAUUCUUGCUGCAACAAUAAAAAAUCGCACAUCUAGCAAGGAUGACUCAGGCAGUAACUUCACAUUUUAUAUGGUUAAUGAAAUUAAGAAGAAAAGUGGUGGAUGGAUAAGCCAAGGAAGUAAAAUGAAAUAUGUUUACAAUGUUGUUGGUCAGAUGAAGGUUUCCACAUCUGAUUUCUCUUGUACGAGUGAACCGGACAACGAUGAGUACAUGUUGAGAGAGUCUGUUCUAUUUGGUGUUGAACGAAAACAGGUAGAUCAAGGAUCACCUAAGUUCAUACCAAAUAGGGAGCUUGCUGCAGCUGUCGUCAAGGUCUCCAGAAAACAUAUUAGCCAUGAACAUCAGACUGACAAAGAAUCAAUGGAGAAGGGCUGUGAUAAGUGUUCCCCUCAGAACCAAUCCUCUUUGAAAGUAGGAGAAAAUGAACACCUGAACCAUGUUACAGUAAUACUGCCAGGUGGUGUUCAUAGCAUGCCAAACAAAGGAGAACCAUCACCACUGGUUCAUCGAUGGAAAUCUGGUGGGUCGUGUGAUUGUGGAGGUUGGGAUGUUGGUUGCAAACUCCAAGUUCUCUCUGAUGAAAAAAACUCUCCCAAGGGUCUAUUCUCAGAUUGCCUUGAACUACAUGUAGAGGGAGGAGGGCAACAACAAAAUAGUCCAACUCUCAGUUUGAUGCCUUCCAAAGAUGGAAUCUACUCAGUUGAAUACAAUACAUCAAUCACUCGCUUACAGGCAUUCUUCAUUUGUGUAGCAGUUUUGUGCAGUCAAAAAGUGCCUGAUCUGUCAACAGUAACUACCGUCCCUGAACUUUCGAAGGUCUUUGAUCAGUCAGAUAUGAGUGAUAAAAAUGGAUACCAAGUGAAAUUGCCAUUGCCAACAAAAUAUGCUCCGACACCACCACUCUCUCCUGUUGGGAGGGUUUAGUUUCUUUGCGAGAAAGAUUGCCCUGUUCGCCAUGUCGGGUCGUCAACGGUCUUCCAAUGCAUGUUAGAGUGGGAUAAACUACGUCGUACAUGUAUCAUGGUCAACCUCAAAGGUCGUUGUAUGUACGGACAUGGUUGGGAUGUUUGUGGAAUAUAUCUUAUAACCAAAGUACCUUUUGUGUAUGACCAUAGUAAUUGUCAGUUGGUUGUACUGCAGAGCAGUUGUAUUGUGUAAAGGAAAUAAACUCGUCUACUAUAUACAACUCGUAAAAUUUGAUCUCCA